CAAAUGUCGUGGCGCGACGAUCGCCGUGGGACGACGCCGCCUUCCAACGGGACACCCGUACGAAAGAUCAAUGGCCCCCUGGGAGACUUGUGGAAGAAGAGGAAUAAACCCAACCAACCGCAACACGAACGAAGCCACCCUUAUAGCGAUGCGCUGGGUAUGGAAGAACACACCGUGUUUGAGCACGGGCCAUGGAUCGACAUGUGUCGUCACGUGGGCAUGGCCGUCACCGAAGGCCAAGUGAACGGCGGGGUGGACUUGGGCCGACUGCCCAUCAACACGGAGCAAGUGUCGGCGGGGUAUCAAUCGACGGGAGUGAUCGAACAAGAUUUCUUGCUUUUGAUUCGGUCUAGCAGGUACGUGGACGAGGAGAUCGUGGCAACGUUCCACGAUCCGUUGGGCUGCAUUGACGGGUACUUUCACCGCGAUGUCGUCGACGCUGUGGGCGCCGCCUUAGUCAAGAACGCGGCCGUUCUUCUACGCAACGUACACCCAACCCUCUCGACCCGAGAAUGCACUUCAUCCUAAUAUCUACACCAUGGCCGGUGGACGUAUAUAUGUAUGUACAUAGGUGACAGUGUUUAUGCCAGUGGAACGACGGCAGCAGUACCUCAACAUUUGCCGGAGCAAUGUCGUUCGAGUCUUCCCUUCGACUUCCGAACAUGCCGACGACGUCGCUGUUUUCAACGCCAACCAAGCGGCGACACUCGAGCGCGGUACCUUUGUCUUAGAAGAUCCGGCAGGGGAAGCCACGACGUCAGCGGACCUGGUGGCGAUGACCCAGCGUCAUGUGAUCCAUCAAAGCCAUGCACAGCGAGCGCCGCCAUCGACUGCUUCCAAGGGCAAACACAAAUGGGCUUGGAAAUCGUUUGUCCCCAAGACGAAGAAAAAGCCGACGCAGCACCUACAGGAGGACCACGAGUCCAAUCCACAACCCUCCCCCUCAACCUCUGAGAGCCCCCGCAGUCCCCCAGUACCAGCCCCAGCCAAACAACCUCGACGCAUGCCCACCUUAGCACCUCCUGCAAACCAAGCAAUCUCCAUGCCUUCCACGGCGUCACAUUUCUCCAUCCCGCCAGUUCACCCAUCGAGUCUCCCCAUUGAAUCCCGUUCGUCCACAUCCAAGAUGACUCCAGAUGCCCUGUCCUUGGCAGUGGACCAAGUUUUGAACGACGACGACUGGUGACCAUUGAAUAAUAAAUAUACUACAUACGACCAACGACUACCGAUCUUGCAAUUCUUGGGAUUCUAGACCAUUGGGAUUAGAAGA